CCUCCUUUUCUUUUGCCUCAUCAAACAAAAAAUGGCUCUCAUUGAUUUCUCUUUCUAUUCCUCCAUUUAUUCUUACAAUCAUCUCUUCUUAACCGUCCUCUCCUUUCUUGUUUCAGCCUUAAUUUUCUUGGCUUCCAUGAGAAAAUCGAAGUUGAAACGUGUGAAUCUUCCUCCAGGGCCUGCUGGAUGGCCGAUUGUGGGAAACCUCUUUCAAUUUGCUCGCUCAGGAAAACCUUUCUUUAAAUACGUUGAGGAUCUUCGUCCAAUUUACGGCCCCAUUUUCACUCUCAAAAUGGGAACGAGAACGAUGGUCAUUCUCAGCGACGCCAAGCUCGUCCAUGAAGCUCUCAUCGAGAGGGGCUCUAUCUUCUCCACCAGGCCGAGAGAAAAUCCCACCAGAAACAUAUUUAGCUGCAACAAGUUUACUGUAAACGCCGCCGUUUAUGGACCAGUUUGGCGCUCGCUGAGAAGAAAUUUGGUUCAGAAUAUGCUGAGCUCAAGUCGGAUUAAAGAGUUUCAGCAUGUGAGAGAUAAAGCAAUGGAUACAUUGAUUAACAGAUUGAAGGCUGAAGCAAAGGCAAACGAUGGAGUCGUUUGGGUGCUGAAAAAUGCCCGUUUUGCGGUGUUUUGUAUUCUUUUAGCUAUGUGUUUCGGGAUCGACAUGGACGAUGAAACGAACGAGAAAAUGGAUCAAGUAAUGAAGCUCGUACUCAUCACAUUGGAUCCAAGAAUUGACGAUUAUUUACCCAUUUUAAGUCCAUUCUUCUCAAAGCAACGCAAGAGAGCACUUGAAGUACGAAAAGAGCAAAUCGAUUUCAUGGUGCCCUUCUUCGAAAAGCGUCGGAAAAUGCUUCAGAAUCCGGAAUCUGACAAAACGGCCAUCUCCUUCUCCUACCUCGACACCCUUUUUGAUCUCAAAGUUGAAGGGAGAAAAUCAGGGCCGUCCAAUGAAGAGCUUGUUUCUCUUUGCUCAGAGUUUAUCAAUGGUGGGACAGACACAACAGCCACAGGAAUCGAGUGGGGCGUUGCCCAGCUAAUCACCAACCCACAUGUCCAAGCCAAACUGUAUGAUGAAAUCAAACAGACGGUCGGUGAUCGAGCCGUGGCCGAGAAAGACAUCGACAGGAUGCCGUAUUUACGAGCUGUGGUGAAAGAACUUUUGCGGAAACACCCGCCAACAUAUUUUUCCUUAACACACGCAGUGAGCGAGCCGACGACUCUGGCUGGCUAUGACAUUCCGACGGAUGUGAAUGUGGAGAUUUAUUUACAGGCGAUUGGGGAGGAUCCGAAAUUGUGGAGGAAUCCUGAGAAGUUCAAUCCUGAGAGGUUUAUUUCAGGCGGGGAAGAUGCAGAUAUAACUGGGGUUAAAGGGGUGAAAAUGAUGCCAUUUGGCGUUGGAAGAAGAAUCUGUCCUGGUUUGGGAAUGGGAACAGUUCAUAUUCAGUUGAUGUUGGCGAGAAUGGUUCAAGAAUUUGAAUGGAGUGCUUAUCCUCCGAAUUCGAAGAUAGAUUUGACAGAGAAAUUGGAGUUCACCGUGGUGAUGAAGAACAGUCUGAAAGCAAUGGUGAAGCCGAGGGCUUAAUUGGUUUAAUCUCCGAGGUAUUAUGUUAGGAAAGUUAGUAUUAUUGGAUAAGAAAUAAAUUUAUUUUUUGUUUAAGAAUUUUUAGGAUUCUUAUCCAAUGAUUCUGACUUUCUAAAUACUUUAUUUGGUCUCAUAAAUAAAAUAACCAAUGAUUUUAUGUAGUGUAUACAGAAUUUUAUGUGCUUUUUGUUUUUGGGGUUAUUUGAUCUGAAUUGGGUCUGUAUUGUUGGUUGAUUUGCUUUAAUGGAAUAUCUGAUUUUGCUUGAGAAAA